UGAAAUUGUUAUUUGUUCUCAGAAUCAGCUUCCAUAUGACCAUUAGUGUUGGGUGUUACGCGGUCAGAUACUAGAAAACUGGUCAUGUUUCUGUAUUGUUCAGCUCAUUACGUUAACUCAUCUAUCUAAACGUAUGAGAAUGGUGCGGGUGGUGUUCCUGCACCCUGAUCUGGGGAUCGGAGGAGCGGAGCGGCUGGUGGUGGAUGCAGCAGUGGCCCUUCGCUCCCGUGGUUGCCAGGUGCAGAUCUGGACAGCGCACUACGACCCCACCCACUGCUUCUCGGAGACGUUGGAUCUCGAUCUUCGAGUGGUGUGUGUGGGAGACUGGCUGCCCAGAAGUGUGUGUGGUUACUUCCAUGCCCUUUGCGCCUAUCUACGUAUGAUCUACGUGGCUCUCUACCUGCUGCUUUUCAGCGGUGAACAGUUUGACGUAGUCUUAUGUGAUCAGGUCUCUGCGUGUAUUCCUGUGCUUCGGCUGGCGCGCCACAGGAAGAAGGUUCUCUUCUACUGCCACUUCCCCGACCAGCUCCUCACCACGCGGCAGUCUCUGCUGAAGCGCUGGUACCGGGCCCCGCUGGACUGGCUGGAGGAGACCACCACCGGCAUGGCCGACCGCGUGCUGGUCAACAGCCGCUUCACCGCCGGGGUCUUCCGCCAGACCUUCCCGCGGCUGCGGGACGUGCACACCGACGUGCUCUACCCCUCCCUCAACCCGGUGUCCUUCGACAUACCCAUCAACGAGAGCCUGGACGGGCUGAUCCCCGAGGGCCGGAGCCUGGUGUUCCUGUCCAUCAACCGGUACGAGCGCAAGAAGGACCUCCCCCUGGCCCUGCGCUCGCUGGCGUCGCUGCGGGAGCGCCUCGGCGAGGGCAACCUGUGGGAGAGAGUGCACCUGGUCAUGGCGGGCGGCUACGAUUCGCGCGUGGCGGAGAACGUGGAGCACCACAAGGAGCUGCGGGCGCUGUGCCGCUCCCUGAGCCUGGAGGCCCACCUGACCUUCAUGCGCUCCUUCUCGGACACGCAGAAGGUCAGCCUGCUGCGGCAGAGCGUCUGCGUCCUCUACACGCCCGCCAACGAGCACUUCGGCAUCGUGCCCGUGGAGGCCAUGUACUGCGGCUGCCCGGUCAUUGCCGUCAACUCGGGCGGCCCGCUCGAGUCCGUCGCCCACGGCGAGACCGGAUUCCUGUGUCCGGCCACCCCGGAGAGCUUCUCGGCGGCCAUGGAGCAGUUUGUCCGCGAGCCGCGGCUCAAGCAGGAGUUGGGACAGGCCAGCAGGGAGCGGGUCAUCAAGUGUUUUUCGCAGCAGGCCUUCACCGAGCAGCUCCACAGGCAUAUCCUCAGCCUGACCCAGUGACGCCAUGGCAACCAACAAAGCCAUGACCCAACAAAGAGGAUAGCGUCGACCAAAGCCACAGCUGUUCCCAGCACUCGCCGCAGGGGCAUAGCUGACACCACAGGAGAGGCUGAUGGCUGAUUCACUGUUGCUCCAUCAUUUUGACCCAGUGUGCACCCAGUGUUUUUUUCAUUGGUGAUAUUCUCCAAUGGCUUUCGCAAUAAUAUUAGCUUCAAAUAAUAUAUAUAGAUUUAUAUUUUAAAAAAAAAUUAACUUGACAUCUUGCAGGAAUUGGGUUUGAAAUGUUUACCGUGCAUCCUGGGGAAGAUUUAGCUGGAUGCUGAAUCUCAAAAAGACAACUGUUUGAAAUCUCUCGAUUUACUUUUUGGACCUGAUGGAUGUUUCUGCUCUGAAACUUUGUCCAAUUCUUUGUGUCCUUCUAGCCACUGGUAUGUUUUUUUUUUCUAUCUGGAAGGUGUGUGUGAAGGAGAGCAAAAGAGAAAGAUGUGUGUAUUCAUCUGUAUGUCUGUCUGUGUGCAUACGCACUGAAUUCCUAUGGGACUAGUGUAGGGGAACAGACAGGCUGCUGGAAUCUCUCCCCAUUAGGGACAAGAGUAGCCACAGCAGCAGAAGGGACAAUAGCCCCCCCCACGCCAACCUCCCAUUCCACUCUGCUCUCGCAAGCACGCGCUGCGCACCUAACGAACCGUCUGAGUCUGCCUAAAGAAGCCGUCUGCACAUCGAUCCCUCCCGUCUCCCUGCCUCACGUCAAGCCGCACCCCUCCCCCACACCCAGCUCCCCGUCAGCCAUUAGAGCUGCUGGCGCGGAGAUCGAUAGGGGGGAAUUCUGGUGGUCCAGUGGGCAGUCGGGGGUCUGGGUCGAUGGGAAGAAUGGAACGGAUGUUUGUGGCGGGGACUGGCCUGGUUUGUUCUUGCAGAGCAUUCCUGGAGAAGUUUGGGUGGGGGCACGGAGUGCGCGGCCUGUAAUGGUGGUUUGGAGUUUGUUACUUGUGUGCUUUCUGUCUCUGCCUCUCCCCCCUGAUAGAUUUGUUCUUCUGUUUUGAUGCUGGAGAACAGGGGUCAUGAUUAAAUGAGACCACAUAUAUCUGAGAUCUGAAUGUAUUGGGGACCGUACUGAAUCAGAAUGUGUGCAUUCAUUAAACUUAAACUCUGAAA